CACUGCCUGUUCACCCCGUUAUCGUCCAGAAGGGUAAACAGUCUACCAUCAUGCAGUGGAUGUUAUUCCUAGCGCUGUUCUCAGUGACAAACGUAACGGAACCAAUAAACGGAACUAUGACGGCUGCCUCUACACCUGUUAUGACAACAAGAGAGAUGCCCACCAUCCGCGUGGUGAACGGCAACAACCGCUGCCAGGGCCGUGUGGAGGUGUUCCACAUCAAUCAGUGGGGCACGGUGUGUGAUGACUAUUGGGACCUUCAAGAUGCCCAGGUGGUGUGUGGGCAGCUGGGCUGUGGCACCGCCAUCUCAGCCAAUCCUCAGGCCUACUUCGGCACCGGCUUGGACCCUAUCCUCUUAGAUGAUGUAGACUGCAAUGGAAGCGAGAUAGAUCUCACAAACUGCUCCCACUUCGGCUGGGGAAUGCACAACUGUAACCAUAAUGAGGACGCUGGAGUCAUCUGCACGGAGUUCCCCACUAAGACGAUACAGAUGGUGAGAGUGGAGCUGACCCCUGAUUCACCGACGAACUUAAGUGAUCCUGCCGUGAGUGAGGCCAUUUUGCAGCAGAUAAAAGCCAAACUGAGAGCUCAGGGGAUGUCUGACACCGUUAAACUGAGUUGGAAAGUGCAGCCUGAUGAAGAAAUUUUCCACAAGAAGGAGAUGGGAAAGAGUCCGAAAAAGAGGAGGAAGAGGUCAGAACUUUAAAUACACAGGCAAAUAUACAGUGUACAAACCGUUAAAAACACCUUCCCAAUAUUAAAGGUACUAUGCACUGUAUUCAUUGAUUAAAAUGUUUUUUUUUAAAUUACCUAUAGUAACUGCUAUAAUGCUUGAUAUUGAACAAUAAUGCUUCCUAUUGAAUUUCUUUAUAUAACCAUAAGAUAAUUGUUGCUUUAAUACAG